UGAAACAAAUGAUUUGAUAGUUGAGGCAGUUGAUAAAAUUAAGUAUGAAGAGCUGUAUCAACAAAAAAAAAAAACUUACUAUCAAACGAACAAACUCAAGGUACCAACUGCUAAUCUGAAUAAUACUCAAGCAUCUGCAUGGAGUAUGAAAUACACAAAAGUAAUGGAAGUUGAAAAGGACCAGUAUGAAACAUCGUAUUCCAGCAAAGGCUUGAUAACCUUUUCCAAAGAUUCUGAGCUCGAUAACAAUAAUGAUAAUGAUGACGAAACUUGGUAUCUUUGCAACAAUGAAAUCCCCGAAGAUUGGUUAGGCCUAUGCAAUUGUGAAAAGCCUGUAGCAACUAAUUCAAAGUAA